AUGCGUUUCUACAUCUCUCUCGCUAUCGCCGCCAUGGCCGCCGUCGCCUCGGCUAACAGCAAGGCCAACCCCUUUAGCAUCCCCGUCACCGGUUACACCUUCAAGACCGGUGAGCCUACUGCCCUGAAGUGGCAGCCCACCACCGAGGGCACUGUCAGCCUGAUCCUGCAGUGGGGAGCCGUGAUGACCGGUAACUCCGGCACUGUCAUUGCCUCGAACAUCGAUAACGACGGUAGCUUCACCUGGGAUGUUCCCUCCUCCCUGGCCGCCCAGCCCGACUACACCAUUAAGAUUGUCUCGGACGAGGAUAGCGACGACUACAACUACAUCGGCCGUUUCACCGUCGAGGGCUCCACCGUCUCUGUCUCUUCUUCCAGCGCUACCUCCACCACCGAGUCCACCACCGACUCUUCCACCAAGGCCACUCGCACUACUACCUCGGAUGAGACCACUUCCAGCUCUGCGGUCAAGACCACCAGCGCCUCCACCAUGACCACCGCUUCCAGCUCUGCCGUCACCACUUCCGCUACUGAGACAUCCGAGAGCGCUACCUCCACCUCGGCUAGCGCUAGCGAAUCGGUCUCCCAGAGCGCCGUGCCCACCACCAACACCGGUGCCGGUGUUGUCAACCGUGUCUCCGGUGGUAUGCUCGCCAUCGUUGCCGGUGCCUUCAUGCUGUAA